AAAGGAGGGUGCUAUGACUAUGUUACCUCAACUGGGCAGAAGCAAGUUAGCAAGUAUUUGAGAUCAAUGAGCGUCCGUCUGUCUGAUCAGUCUUUGUUUUCAAGUAGUAGUUGUCCGUGGCGACUGGAAAUGGGUGGUCGUCGCCGUGUGAAUCAAUCGAACUAGAUGCGUGUACAGCAAUGUUUAGCCGGUUGCAGAAGGACGCCUUUGAUCGGCGCUGUAAUCCAAACGGUACCCAGGACUUCCUCAGGACUUUGCCCUGUCCCGAAGGCCGGCUAUGUGAAGACGAAGAUACACCGUCACGUGUCCUAAAACGCAGUCAGUUCACGUAUACGGUUCGCGAUAUGCACACACCACGCUUUUGGUACGUUACGUUGGUGGCGUGCUAUCGCGAUCUAAAAAAUUGCACUUGGAGGAGUUCUGCUGACGAUGAUUUAACUCUGGACUACGAUAUCCACCUUGUUAAUGGACACCCACAUGAAUCGACCGCAUUCGACGACGAAUUCUCGUUCGAAGAACAGGGCUCACUUCAACGUACUAUUAUAUUUUUCAGUCUUUACUUUUUCCUGUUAGCACUACAUAUCCGUGUUCAGGUCAACAAGGAGCGACACCCGUUAACGCGUAUACUCUUUAUGGCAGUACUGCUACAAUUUGUAUCGCAUUUAGCAACGCUCUUGCACAUCAUCCUGUUUGCUUCGAACGGUGAAGGUCUACCGACACUUCGAGUGGUUGGAGAGAUUGCCUAUAUAUUUGCGCAGUCGUUCUUCGUCGUCCUAAUUUUAGUUAUAAGUCGUGGUUACGCGAUCACACGCUCGGAAGUGUCUGGAAAACGUCUGCUUGUUUUCUUGUGGCUAACAUAUAUUGUAGCUCAUAUCAUCUUGUAUGUGUGGGUGAACACGGAGAUUGAUCCGAUCAAGGAAAUUGACGAGUUUGAAACCUACCCUGGAGGUCUGGUCCUGGCCGUACGUAUGGCAUUGAUGCUAUUUAUGUUACGAGAACUUCAAUCCACGAUGCACUUUGAGAACAAUGGACGUAAACUACGCUUCUAUCUGCAUUUAGCAGCCGGUCUUCUAUGCUGGUUUAUCUAUCUUCCGAUCUUAGCCAUAAUCGCCUCGCAGGUCUCAUCCUUAUGGAAACAGAACCUCAUUCAUGGCAUUGUGUCCUGCGCAGACUUCCUUGCCUACGCAGUCGUAACGCACGUACUGUGGCCUGCUGAAAGUCACGACUAUCUUCAACUCCAAGCAGUCUUUGAAGAUUACGAAGAUUAUUGUAGAUUCGGAAAAUGAACCAACGGCAUUUCCCGUGCAGCUACUUCCAAGACGCCAUAUAGAAUGAUAAAAAACGAUAAAACAUUUUGCUCGUUCCUCGAAUGCGGCAUCGUGUCAUUCUAUACGCUCAAUAGGUUUUCCGACAAUUAGGGCAAUAUAUUAGUUACUAUCGACAGCCGAUAGCAGGGUCUAGGAAGUUCACAAAAUAUUCAGCUUUCAAGAGACAAUCGUAAUUGGAUAUACAUUUUGCACAAAUAAUGAUAUGUAUGGAUGAAUUACUACGAAAAUGCUUCCAAUGACUAAUACUAGAAAACUAGAUAAAAUACUAGUGGUAACUAGUGGGUUUUGAGUACGAUCCACUCUGACGAAAGCCGUUGUAAUCUGAAUUUCUUUGAAAAUCCGUUUAAAGAACUGACAUCCACAAAUAUUCAUAUAUGUAUAUGGGCGCCUAGAAAUAAACAGAAUCAGUUCCCUGGACUGGAUGAGUUCCAUUAACUUACAACUGAAUCAGCGUAAUUUAUAUUUGGUUUAAGUUGAUCAACGUGCCAUUAUAAUACUUUCAAAAGACCUCUGAAUCUGUUAGAUGUACACUUAGUACAAAUGGUACUUAGUACACAGAAUAUGUGAAUGCACGAAUCAGAAAUAGACAAAUUUGAAAGAUGCCGACGGACAAUUUUUUAUGUUGUGAGUCUUUUGAAGGACUCAAAAUAGAGACCGUUAGGCUUGUAAAUAUAAAAACAAUAUUUUAUACCUGGCUAUGUACGAGCACUACAGGCAGUCGUUUGUUAACGGCAUUGUAUAUAUAUGUGACAUACGUUUUGUUAGAUGGAUUACAAGAUUUCCUUCAAAGCUUAAAAAUUUGAAUUUAAUGAAUCUUGUGAGGGUAAAAUAUGACGAUAACAGCGGCAAGAUAAUACAACAGUGCAUAUUAGAUAUACGGAAAGAUUUUGAAGCGAUGCCAUAACCAACUGUGAUUGCCCUAUAUUGGAACAGACUCGGAUAUAUAUCAAUAUGGAAUGCGUUCAGUAACAAAGACAGUAACACAAAUCGAGGAAUGAUUAAAUCAUUGAGGCUAUUCAGAGCUAGAAUGGCUUUUUCUUCUCUGAUCUAUGUAUAUAUAUAGGAAUGAGGCAAGCCAUGUGUAAAAAUAAGGGUUUAAAGGUGUUGCAGUCUCUUUUAACGUUGCAUGUUAUAUAGAUUACACAAUUUAAAUUUAUGAAUUAUGACUUUAACAAAAUUUUCACCCUGCCACAGCGCAACUGCCUAGAAGUUAAAUGCCUGAUAAAUGAUGUAAGUUUAGAUAACAAGAGAUUAGUGAUUCGAAAACAUCCAGUGUUUUAAAUUAGAUUGAGAGACAAAAAAAAGUACACUUUUGCCUUAACGAGGCACAUCGAUUAAGCUUUACAGCAGUUUCCUCUGUGCAAUCACCAUAGAGGCUUCUGAUUUAUGCCUAGCAACUUUCUAUAAGCAUUACUAAAACGGCAGGAUACUCAAUGUAAAAAAAAGUGUGAAAUGGAAAAAAAGAGAGACAUCGAUAAGUUAGAUAUCUUCUUAGUCGUUUUGUAUAAAUUGUAAUCUUGGAUAUUUAAAAAUGGACGAUACAAUAUAGUCAAAUUACAAAUUACACUUGGCCGAUUUGAUGAGAGGCAUAUAUGUAAUACAUUGACAAUUAAUGAGCUAUAGUUGUGAUAGAUCGGAUCUACAUCUGUAGGUGAGCAAUGAGGAAUAUAGACCGAACGAAGCCAUACGUGACUGAUCCGAGGUCGUACGGCAAUUACAAUCAGUAGAAAAAACAUCAUAAGUUCUAGUUGUCAGAAACAAUGAAAAGGCAUGAAGUAAUAGGAUCAACUCGAUAAUAAAAACAAGUUGGAUGAUCGAUUAACGUAAUGAAACUUCGUGUCGUACGUCUAAUUAGAAUUACUUUUGUUCUUUAAAUAAAAUAUAUUAACUUUGCGUGCGAAUUCACGAUAGCGUAGGUGAUUAUCCGCAUCAAAAACGUCGCUUAUUUUGAAUCUUCAGAGACUCCGGUGAAGAUUUUUAAGUACUGAUUGAUGCUGGGAAUUGUAGAGGGAAUUAAUAUUUUUUCAUAACCUAUUGUUUAACACAAUUAUUAUUAUUCUGAUUGAAAGCUGUGCUGAAUCAAUAUAUGCGAAAGGGCUGGGACACCUAUUAAGGAUCCUUAGCCUAUCUCGAAACUAUCUACAAUUCUCAGAGCAUUGAUUUUGUUAGCUGUCGAGCAUCUUGCUUAUCUAUACCGUUACAAGUGCUUCAAAAUUAAUGGAAAUAUAAUUUUCUUUUUUUAA